GCGGCAGCCAUUGGCUAAGAGGGGCGGUGCACGCGGGCAGAGGCCCGCCUCGUCCUGGACCGCACCCCGGCUCCGGAUGGCUACGUACUGAGUGAAAUUACGCAAACCAGUUAACAGCCAGUAGAGGCGGGAGGGCAGAAGGAAGAGGGGGAGAGAAGAGGAAGAAAAAAAAGAAGAUAGAAAGAGUGACUGGACUGGAGUGGAAAAAGAGAGAGAGAGGAAGCGAGCGCCGUAGUUUAGCCUGAACUCUCUGCGAAGCUGCUGUCGACGGGAAAAGAAGUUUGACUCACGGCGGAAGCUGACCGAGCCACCCGGUUGUUGUUAGCUACCCCCUCCCUGAAGAAAAGGCGUCCUGCACCCCCCCAAAAAAGCAGCCACCAUGUCCGCCGCAGACAAGUUCCUGUACGUGGACCGUAAUGUGGUCAACAACCCUUUGGCACAGGCCGACUGGGCCACCAAGAAGCUGGUAUGGGUGCCCUCGGAGCGCCUGGGCUUCGAGGCCGGCUCCGUGAAGGAGGAGCGCGGCGACGAGUGUGUGGUCGAGCUGGCGGACUCCGGCAAGAAGAUCCGGGUGAACAAGGAUGACAUCCAGAAGAUGAACCCACCCAAGUUCAGCAAGGUGGAGGACAUGGCCGAGCUCACCUGCCUGAACGAGGCCUCCGUGCUGCACAACCUGAAGGAGAGAUACUACUCCGGUCUCAUCUAUACAUACUCCGGUCUCUUUUGUGUCGUCAUAAACCCCUACAAGAACCUGCCCAUCUACUCCGAGGAGAUCGUUGACAUGUACAAGGGCAAGAAGAGGCACGAAAUGCCGCCUCACAUCUACGCCAUCACUGACACGUCUUACAGAAGCAUGAUGCAGGAUCGUGAAGACCAGUCCAUUCUUUGCACAGGAGAGUCUGGUGCCGGUAAGACAGAGAACACCAAGAAGGUCAUCCAGUAUCUGGCUCACGUGGCCUCCUCUCACAAGACCAAGAAAGACCAGAACAGCUCGAUCCUGUCACAUGGGGAGCUGGAGAAGCAGCUGCUGCAGGCCAACCCCAUCCUCGAGGCCUUUGGCAACGCCAAGACGGUCAAGAACGACAACUCCUCCCGAUUUGGAAAAUUCAUCAGGAUAAACUUUGAUGUCAACGGUUACAUCGUCGGUGCCAAUAUUGAGACGUACUUGUUGGAGAAAUCCCGUGCCAUUCGCCAGGCUAAAGACGAGAGGACCUUCCACAUCUUCUACUACUUGCUCACGGGGGCCGGAGAUAAAUUGCGCAAUGAACUCCUCCUUGAGAAUUACAACAACUACCGUUUCCUCUCAAACGGGAACGUUACCAUUCCCGGGCAGCAGGACAAGGACCUGUUUACAGAGACCUUGGAGGCCUUUAAGAUCAUGAGUAUCCCCGAGGAUGAGCAAAUAGGCUUGUUGAAGGUGGUGGCCUCUGUGCUGCAGCUCGGGAACAUGACCUUCAAGAAGGAGCGCCACACAGACCAGGCAGCCAUGCCCGACGACACCACUGCCCAGAAGGUGAGCCACCUCAUGGGAAUGAAUGUCACGGACUUCACCAGGGCCAUCCUUUCGCCCCGCAUCAAGGUGGGCAGGGACUUCGUCCAGAAGGCCCAGACCCAGGAGCAGGCUGAGUUCGCCGUGGAGGCCCUGGCCAAGGCCACAUACGAGAGGAUGUUCCGCUGGCUCGUCAUGAGGAUCAACAAAGCCCUGGACAAGACCAAGAGGCAGGGAGCCUCCUUCAUCGGCAUCCUCGACAUCGCUGGAUUUGAGAUAUUCGAGCUGAACUCCUUUGAGCAGCUGUGCAUCAACUACACCAACGAGAAGCUGCAGCAGCUCUUCAACCACACCAUGUUCAUCCUGGAGCAGGAGGAGUACCAGAGGGAGGGCAUCGAGUGGAGCUUCAUCGACUUCGGCCUUGACCUGCAGCCCUGCAUCGAGCUCAUUGAGAAACCUGCUAGUCCCCCCGGGAUCCUCGCCCUGCUGGAUGAGGAGUGCUGGUUCCCCAAAGCCACGGACAAGAGCUUUGUGGAGAAGGUGCUGCAAGAGCAGGGCACUCACCCCAAGUUCUUUAAGCCCAAGAAACUGAAGGACGAGGCAGACUUCUGCGUCAUCCAUUACGCUGGCAAGGUGGACUACAAAGCAGACGAGUGGCUGAUGAAGAACAUGGACCCCUUGAACGACAACGUGGCCUCACUGCUUAACCAGUCCACCGACAAGUUUGUGUCCGAGCUCUGGAAGGACGUGGACCGCAUUGUGGGUCUGGAUAAGGUGUCCAUGUCCGAAAUGCCCGGUGCCUUCAAGACCCGCAAAGGUAUGUUCCGCACGGUGGGCCAGCUGUACAAAGAGCAGCUGUCCAAGCUCAUGGCCACUCUGAGGAACACCAACCCCAACUUUGUCCGUUGCAUCAUCCCCAACCACGAGAAGAAGGCUGGUAAACUGGAUCCCCACCUGGUCCUGGACCAGCUAAGGUGCAACGGUGUGCUGGAGGGGAUCCGUAUCUGCAGACAGGGCUUCCCCAACCGCAUUGUCUUCCAGGAGUUCAGACAGAGGUAUGAAAUCCUCACUCCCAAUGCCAUCCCCAAGGGCUUCAUGGAUGGAAAGCAAGCCUGCGUGCUCAUGAUAAAAAGCCUGGAGCUGGAUCCCAACCUGUUCCGUAUUGGCCAGAGCAAAGUUUUCUUCAGGGCGGGAGUCCUUGCUCACCUGGAGGAGGAGAGAGACAUGAAGAUCACAGACAUCAUCAUCAGUUUCCAGGCCUGGUGCAGAGGCUACGUGGCCCGCAAGGCUUUUGCCAAGAGACAGCAGCAGCUGACCGCGAUGAAGGUGAUCCAGAGAAACUGUGCUGCUUAUCUCAAACUCAGGAACUGGCAGUGGUGGAGGCUCUUCACCAAGGUGAAGCCUCUGCUGCAAGUCAGCAGGCAGGAGGAGGAGAUGCAGGCCAAGGAUGACGAGCUGGUGAAGGUGAAGGAGAAGCAUUUGUAUGCUGAGCAGCAGCUCCAGGAGAUGGAUGAAAAGCAGCAUCAGCUGAGCGCCGAGAAAAUGGCCCUGCAGGAGCAGCUUCAGGCCGAGACGGAGCUCUGUGCCGAGGCGGAGGAGAUGAGAGCUCGUCUGGCCGCCAGGAAGCAGGAGCUGGAGGAGAUCCUCCACGACCUGGAGGCACGCGUGGAAGAGGAGGAGGAGCGCGCCUCGCAGCUCUUGUCUGAGAAAAAGAAGAUGCAGCAGAAUAUCGGAGACUUGGAGCAGCAGCUGGACGAGGAGGAAGCGGCCAGACAGAAGCUUCAGCUGGAGAAGGUCACCUUGGAGUCCAAGAUGAAGAAGAUCGAAGAUGAUGUCAUGGUUCUCGACGACCAGAACGGCAAACUAAACAAGGAGAAGAAGUUGCUGGAGGAGAGGAUCUCCGAGUACACCACCAACCUGACGGAAGAGGAGGAGAAAUCCAAGAGCCUGCAGAAACUCAAGACCAAACACGAGGCCAUGAUCACAGACCUGGAGGACCGCCUGCGCAGGGAGGAGAAGCAGCGCCAGGAGCUGGAAAAGAACCGACGCAAGCUGGACGGCGACUUCAACGAGAUCCAUGACCAGAUUGCUGAGCUGCAGGCUCAGAUUGCCGAGCUCCGCGCCCAACUUGCCAAGAAGGAGGAAGAGCUCCAGGCAGCUCUCGCCAGGAUUGAGGAGGAGGCAGCGCAGAAGAACCUGGCGCAGAAAAAGAUCCGUGAGAUGGAGGCUCAGCUCUCUGAGCUGCAGGAGGACUUGGAGCUGGAGAGGCAGGCACGCACCAAGGCAGAGAAACACCGCAGGGACCUGGGAGAAGAGCUGGAGGCCCUCAAGACGGAGCUGGAGGACACUCUGGACUCUACCGCCGCUCAGCAGGAACUCAGGUCCAAGCGCGAGACCGAGGUGACUCAUCUCAAAAGGACUCUGGACGACGACGCCAAAGUUCACGAACAACAGCUGGUUGAGAUGAGGCAGAAACACGGUCAGGCCUUCGACGAGCUCAACGAGCAGCUGGAGCAGGCGAAAAGGAACAAAGUGUCCAUGGAGAAGGCCAAGCAGGCUCUGGAGUCUGAGAGGAACGAGCUGGUCAUUGAGAUGCAGACGCUGAUGCAGGGGAAGGGAGACUCUGAGCAUCGCCGGAAGAAGGCCGAAGCCCAGGUCCAGGAACUGCAGCUCAAACACUCGGAGAGCGAGCGCCUGAGGCUGGAGCAGGCCGAGAAACUGGCCAAAGUGCAGAGCGAACUGGAGAGCGUCAGCACCGUGCUGUCUGACGUAGAGGGCAAGUCCAUCAAGGCCACAAAGGACUGCUCUGCUGUGGAAUCCCAGCUGCAGGAUGUUCAGGAACUGCUCCAGGAGGAGACGCGCCAGAAGCUGUCCAACAGCACACGUCUGCGCCAGCUUGAGGACGAGCAGAACAACCUGAGGGAACAACUGGAGGAGGAAGAAGAGACCAAGAGGAACGUGGAGAAGCAGCUGCAAACCGUUCAGGCUCAGCUUCUUGAAAUGAAGAAGAAGUUCGAGCAGGAUGCGGGUUGCCUGGAGACCGCCGAGGAAGGGAAGAAGAGGCUUCAGAGGGACUUGGAGGGACUGAACCAGCGCAUGGAGGAGAAAUGUUCCGCCUUCGAGAAGUUGGACAAAACCAAGACACGUGUCCAGCAGGAGCUGGACGACCUGCUGGUAGACCAGGACCACCUCCGGCAGAUCGUCUCCAACCUGGAGAAGAAGCAGAAGAAGUUUGACCAGAUGCUGGCAGAGGAGAAGAACAUUUCUGCCCGUUAUGCAGAGGAGCGUGACAAGGCUGAAGCCGAGGCCCGCGAAAAGGAGACCCGGGCACUGGCUUUAACCCGCGAGCUGGACUCUAUGAUGGACAUCAAGGACGAAGUGGACCGCAACAACAAACUGCUGCGGGCCGAGAUGGAGGACCUGGUGUCCUCUAAGGACGAUGUCGGCAAGAGCGUCCACGAGCUGGAGAAGGCAAAGCGUGCGAUGGAGCAGCAGCUGGAAGAGAUGAAGACUCAGCUGGAGGAGCUGGAAGACGAGCUGCAGGGCACGGAGGAUGCCAAGCUGCGCCUGGAGGUCAACAUGCAGGCCAUGAAGGCCCAGUAUGAGAGAGACCUGUCGGGACGGGACGAGAUGGGCGAGGAGAAGAAGAGGGCGCUGGUCAAACAGGUGCGGGAAAUGGAGAUGGAGCUGGAGGAUGAGAGGAAGCAGCGCUCUGCCGCCGUGGCCGGGCGCAAGAAGCUGGAGCUGGACCUGAAGGAGCUGGAGGCGGGCAUCGACAUGGCCAACAAGAACCGCGACGAGGCCCUGAAACAGCUGAAGAAGAUCCAAGCCCAGAUGAAGGAUCUCAUCCGGGAGCUGGAGGACACUCGCAUGUCCAGAGAGGAAAUCCUCGCUCAGAGCAAGGAGACUGAGAAGAAGCUGAAGGGCAUGGAGGCCGAGAUGAUCCAGAUGCAGGAGGAGUUGGCUGCCGCAGAGCGAGUAAAGAGACAGGCCCAGCAAGAGAGAGACGAGCUGCAGGAUGAGAUUAACAACCAGGCCACCAAGAAUGCUCAGGUUGCAGAGGAGAAGAGACGGCUGGAGGCUCGCAUCGCUCAGUUGGAGGAGGAGCUGGAGGAGGAGCAGUGCAACACCGAGCUGACCAAUGACAGGCUGAAGAAAGCAGUGCUGCAGACUGACCAGAUGAACGUGGAGCUGACUGCAGAGCGCAGUACUUGUCAGCGUGUGGAGGGGGCUCGGUGCCAGCUGGAGCGUCAGAACAAGGAGCUGAAGCUGAAGCUGCAGGAGCUGGAGGGAACGGUCAAGUCCAAGUACAAGGCCAACAUGGCCGCCCUGGAGUCCAAAAUCGCUGCGCUGGAGGAACAGCUGGACAUGGAGACCAGGGAGAGGCAGGGUGCCACCAAGCUCGUGAGACGCACCGAGAAGAAACUGAAGGAAGUCAUCCUGCAGGUGGACGAUGAGAGACGCAACACGGAGCAGUACAAAGACCAGGUGGACAAGUUGAACUCCCGCAUGAAGCAGCUGAAGCGUCAGCUGGAGGAGGCUGAGGAAGAGGCUCAGAGGGCCAACGCCAACCGCAGGAAGCUGCAGAGGGAGCUGGAGGACGCCACGGAGUCGGCCGACGUUGUGAACCGUGAGGUCACCACCCUUAAGAACAAGCUCAGGCGUGGUGACUUCCCCUUCACCGUGCGCCGCACCGUUACCCGCACGGGCAUCGAAAGCGACGAGGACAGCGAGCCCAAGAGCGAGACCCCCGAGCCCAAGCCCGAAUGAAGCGACGCAGUGCCACUCGACUCCUUAGAACUGCAUCACGAAUAGGCCGACCCAAAAUACACACACGAAAUAAACACACAAGCACACAUUACUGUACCUGCUGAACGGGGAGGAAACAAAGUAAGACUCAGACAGGGAUUCCACCCGUUCCUCCACGUUUAGCCCCGUGACAGUCGUGUCUCUUUACCAUUGACAAUCUAUGCAUUCGUAACAUACAGGAGCCAGUAAACUCGGACAAUCGCCAUGCUGACAAACGCAAACGUUAUGUUUUUUGUGAGGGAGGGCCCAAAUUUCUUUUGGUUUGCUUCAUUUUUUUCAUUCUCUGGGAAAAAAUCUAAUAUUUUUGUAAGGAAACAUUCCAGGUAUAAUAGUCCUGAUUUGGGAUCUAUUUUUCUAAUUGAAGGAGAAAACCAAGAAAGAAGUAUACAUAGAUAAAGACAGAUUACUGGAAGGGGACCAAAGUAAUAUCUCAAUCUAUAGAAUUGUAUUUUAUGCCGAAGUUUUUUUUGUUGUUUUUUUUUCUUAUUUGAAUUGUUAAGAAAGUGCUUCAUGUUUUUUAUGCUCGCGCUACAUAAUGCUUUAUAAUGAAGGUUUAUACGCGGAAAUGUAUCCUAUCAAUUUAGCUGCAGUUAGUACUCGUGACUACGCUUUUUGGGCUUAAUAAUAUUAUACACACACAUUUCUUGCGAGAACGAAAUUGGAGGCAGACUUCCAGGAACCCAGCUGGAGACUCAUUGACGCAUACUGAAGGCAUUUUGAUUGUGACUGUGCGGAAAUAUCUUAAUUUUGCACUGAGUUGAGAAAAACUAACGAAAAACACUUAUGCCUCGACAUUAUAAACCACUGCAUUUGUGUUUCCAUUGACACAUUGACGGAGAAGCUUGGAAGUUUUGUAAAGACUUGUGCACGUGCUCAUCCAGACUGCCGACACACUAAGGCCUUAAAUGCAGCUGAAUUCCACUCGGCGGGGUUUUGUUGGCUUUUUUUCCUGGACAUGGAUUGAUUCUUUUAUUUUAUUUUUAUUUUUUUCUUUACAUUUAUUAUCACUAUCAGUGUUCAGAUGGGGUGAUGGGGUAGUAUUACUCGCAGCACACACUGUAUUCUCAGAGCACAGCUUGUUGAGGGGGAGGAGUAGCUGAGGGUGUUACGGAGAGGGGGUGGGGUGGGUCGUACUUAUAUCACUGUAACCGAUGUACACUGUACUCUGGCUGACGGGGCUCCGUGGAGACAGCAGUCAACAUGGAGCCGAUGUAUAAGAUGAGCAGUUUCAUAGAGGUGCGUCAGGAUGCGAGAGCCCCCUCGCAGGCUGUGCUCGGGGGCUGCUUUCGGCUCACACUGCUGGGAAGUGGGAGGAAUGUGUUAAGGGUAAUGGCUCAGAUUUAAAACAAAAAAAAGAUCGCUCUUUCGCACUUAAAAAUCAACGGAAAUCCCCCAAAAAAGAAACUGCAUCUCAAUUAUUAUGUAAUGUUUUGUCUGUCUGCACCUCUGGAAUGGAAAAUCAUGUUGGCAUUAUUGCAAUUAAAAAGGCUUUCUAAACU